AUGAAAUAUAUUGUUAUUUUUUCUUUUUUGUCCCUUUUUAAUGCUCUUAAGUUUGGAAAUUCUAUUAUUCGACCAAAUGAAAAAAAUAAAAAAACAUUUGUCUUUUCUGGAGACGUUGAUUUAGAUAAUAAAUAUUCGAAAGGAGAUGAAUCAUCAGAAAGUAAUAAUGAAGUUGAAGAAAAUGAUAUGAAUAGGAUUAUAAGGGAGAACAUAGCUGCUACCGAAUCUGAUAAAAAUAUAAAAAAUAUUGUUAAUGAGUCCGAGAAUAUGAUUAAACAGAAAUACAAUAUCAAUGAGUUGCCGCCAUCGGGUCUUACUGAAGAAGAAGAAGAAGAGGCCAGGGAGGAUAGUGAAUUUUUAUCUGACCACUUGGAAGAAUCAGCUCAAAAUUUUUCAUCAUCAGAUGGCCAAAAUGAAGAUCUGAAGGAAAAAGAAACGGAAUCCGAAAAUAUAAAGAAAUAUCAAGCGGAGGUCAUCAAUGCAAUGAACAAAGAUACAAUAUACAAAAAAAUGGAUUCUAAUAAAAUAGAAGAAGCUGAGCAUAUGACUGAUGAUUCAGAUGAGGUAUGCAUUCAAGAUUACUCAUUGCCAUGCCCCUUUAACUUUUUUCGAACGAGCUCGGGUUGCGUUCCCCUACCAUCGUAUGAAGGCCCAUGCAAUGAGGUGCAGGAGAAGCUGAUGUACUUGUACGACAACCAGAAGGAAAGUUGGGCUGACAUUUGUGACUCAAAUUGGGAAUGCCUACCUUUAAAGUGUAAAUAUGGAACCGACUACAAUGCAGUGUGUCCUAUAAAUUGGAUUGAUAUUGGAAAAGGAGUAUGCCGAAGUUUAUAUAAAAAUAAUAAAUGUAGAAGUGCUAUUGAUUUUUCUGAUAAAACCAUAUCUGAAAAAAAAGAAUUCGAAACAUUAUGUGGAAUAAGAUGGCGAUGUAAAUCAGUAAUUUAUGAAACUAAUUUUGAUUCUCUAUGUCCAUUAUAUUGGACAAAAAUAGAUCAGUAUAAAUGUAAAUCACCAAAUGAUUAUAAUGGACCAUGUCCCAAAAUAUCAAACUUUAAAAAAUAUAAUACCGAAGAAGGAAAAAAAAGUAUCGAAAUUGCCUGCUUAGUUAAUUGGCCUUACACUAUCAGAGUUAAUGAAUAUGAACGAGACUACAAUACACCGUGUCCAAUUGGAUGGUUUCUACUAAAUAACGGAUUUUGCCGUGCCCCAGAAAAUUAUAUAAAAAGUUCAAAGUGCAAUGAUGAGGUUGGAUUUUUUAAUAUGACUUCACAACAAAAGGAAUCUUUUUCCAUUUCUUGUAAUGUGGAUUUUCCUUUUAAAGAUCGAGAGAAUUGCCAACGUAACUACUCGUUCAAAUGCCCUUUAGGGUGGAUACCGUCAAAUCAAGAAGGAUUUUGUAAAUCACCAAUUAAUUAUAAAAGUAAAAUUUGUAAAUCAUAUUCUAAAUUUCAAAAUGUUUCAGAUAGUCAGAGAAAUUAUUAUUUAAAGUUUUGUAAUAUAGAUUGGCCAUGUAUAUCUGAAAUUCAAAAUUCACAUAUAUAUACUAAGUUACCCUUUAAUUAUUCUGGGGAACGACAACCAAAAUGGGAUAAUGGCCCAGUUGACUCAAUAACCGGAUCAAUUAUUUAA